AUGUGGAAAAACAAAGGAUUCAAUUUCGUUAUAUUUAUAAUCUUCUCUUGUUUUUUCUAUAUUGUUCAAUCAUCCCCAGUACUUACAGUUGAGAAGUUGAAACUGGGCGACAAACAGCAAGAUGGAAAUCAAACUCCUGUAGUCAUUUGGCAUGGACUAGGUGACUCCUACGAUAGCAUUUCGUUGAAGCGAAUUGUGAAGCGAGUGGAAGAAAUCACAGGUGCUUCAGUUUUCGUUAUCCAUAUAGGUAGUACAGGACUUGGCGAUUUGAAGGCUGGAUACAUUGGAAAUGUUCAGGAGCAAAUUGAUGGUAUUUGCACUCAAUUGUCUUCUAUAGAAGAGUUAAAGGACGGAUUUCAUGGCAUUGGUGUGAGUCAAGGCGGUCUCUUCCUCCGUGGUUUGCAUGAGACCUGUGAAUUCGCUAAGAUCCGCACGUUACUCAGUGUCGGUUCACCCCAGAAUGGAGUUUUCAAUUUCCCAGGAUGCUCUGCAACAAAUUUUCUAUGUCAGACAGCUAGUAAGUCUAUUUUGGCUUUGGGUGUCUGGAAUGCUUGGGUUCAGACCCAUAUCGUGCAAGCUCAGUACUUUCGCACGGAAAAGAACUAUGAUAAGUAUUUGGAAAAUAGUCAAUUUUUGGCAAGGAUUAACAAUGAAAUGGACCAUGAAGACAUGGAAUUGUACAAGAAAAAAAUGGAGCAAUUAGGGAAGCUUGUAUUGAUUACCUUCGCUACAGAUACUAUAAUUGGACCUGUGGAGUCUUGUGCCUUUGGAUGGAAAGAUGAGGAGUCUGGAGCGCCUAUUCCUAUGAAAGAACAUUUCGGCUAUGUGAACAAUAUCUUGGGAUUGAAAACGCUAGACGAACAAAACAAGAUCACAAGCCUUUACUAUCCUGGUAUCCAUUUACAAUUGACAGAAAAGGAGGUAGAUGAAUUGAUCCGAAAGUAUUUGAAAGAUGCCACAACAACGAGCGCAGAGCAAGAAAUAGAGACUGCGAAUCCCAAGAAAGGAGAUCCUUCUUUACUCACUCCUUUAUAUUCAGACAUGCUUGAACGGAUUCAAAGGGUUUCAAAAAAAUUACAAAAUGCAAGAAUGAAUAAGAAGCUUCGCAAACCAGACUUUGCAGGGAGCGAGAAUGCGAGUGUCAGAUACUUACAAGAUGCAUCAAAAAGCGAAAUAGAUGCCGCUCCCAAACCGUUUGCAACGAAAGUGUUUAUGACGGUAUUUUCGCACUUUUUUUAUCACGUUGACGACUUUACAAAGAGCAUUAUGGAGCUAUUUUCCUUGAUCCCUCAGAUUAUAGGUAUAAUCUAUCUCACAGUGAUGGUAACCAAUCGAGAACUAGAUACAUUUAUGCAAUUCGGAGGUCAAGUCGCAAACGAAGUCCUCAACUAUGUCAUAAAAAUAAUUGUAAAACAUCCUCGACCUUCUGUUGUUCUGCACGGCGUGGGAUAUGGCAUGCCGAGCAGCCAUUCUCAAUUUAUGGGUUAUUUUACUGCUUACAUGAUUGCAUGGGUAUGCAAGUAUCGAAAGGAAGAAUGGAGUCACAUUAGUUCUUUGGCGAAGAUGAGUCUCUAUUGCGGACUAUCUCUGUGCGUAUGCUCUAGCCGUUACUUGUUGAGUUAUCAUUCAAUUUCUCAGGUAAUAGUUGGAUUCGCCGCUGGUUUCGUAUUCGGCUAUGUUUGGUGCUGGUUCACGGGUCAACUACGUCUGACAGGAAUCACCGAAUGGCUCCUGAAGUUUCCCAUCAUAGAAUGGGUGUACAUCAAGGAUACUCUCAUUCACAAUAAAGACAACCACAAGCAAGAAUGGUUAGCGAGUCGGCGACAGAAGAUUCAAAAAAGGCUGUAA